AAAAAAAAAAUCCACACACACUAAUAUUAACAUAUAGAUAGCUAAGGAGUUGAGCAGGCUUUGAAGAUGGAAGGCAUGGGGAAUUAUGGAGAAGAGAAAGCGGAAGAACCCAACUACAGAGGAGUCAAAGCCAUGCCCUUUAUUAUAGGAAACGAGACUUUCGAGAAGAUUGGAACACUUGGGGCGUCAACAAAUCUACUAGUGUACCUAACUACAAUAUUCAAUAUGAAGUCAAUUACUGCUACUAAUCUCAUCAACGUAUUUAACGGUACAUGCAACUUCGGUACUCUUGUCGGAGCAUUUCUCUCCGACACUUAUUUUGGCCGGUACAAAGUCUUAGGAGCUGCUUCCAUUUCAUCUUUUCUGGGGAUGCUUGUGCUAACGUUAACAGCAGCAGUCAAAACACUUCAUCCUCCUCACUGUGUAGACGCCCUUUGUGUCGGACCAACACCAUGGCAAAUGGCUUUCUUGCUAAUGGGUUUCACGUUUCUGAUCAUCGGAGCAAGCGGAAUCCGACCAUGUAACUUGGCUUUUGGUGUGGACCAAUUCAAUCCAAACACGGAAUCUGGCCAAAAGGGAAUCACUAGUUUUUUCAAUUGGUACUACUUUACGUUCACGUUUGCUAUGAUGGUUUCAUUAACCAUCAUCGUGUAUGUGCAAGCAAGUAUCAAUUGGGCCAUUGGUCUAGCAAUCCCAACGUUCUUUAUAUUUGCAUCGUGUCUCGUGUUCUUUAUGGGUACGAGGAUUUAUGUGAAAGUACAACCUGAUAACAGCCCUUUGACCAACAUUAUACAAGUCCUAGUGGCUACCAUCAAGAAGAGGAAACUGACAAUUCCUGAGGAUCCAACAGUUUCUCUAUUCAAUCACGUUUCUGCUAAAUCUAUCAACUCAAAACUAUCAUAUAGCAAUCAACUCAAGUUUUUGAACAAAGCAGCAAUCAUAACCCCGAUUGACAAUAUUAAUCCUAACGGAUCGUCAGGAAGUCGGUGGACGCUAUGUAGCAUACAACAAAUAGAGGAAGUGAAAUGUGUUAUUAAAACAAUACCAAUUUGGUUUGCUUGCAUAAUCUACGACGUUUCACUUAUGAUUAUACGUAACUACACAGUCUUUCAAGCCCUACAAACUGAUCGGCGACUCAAGCACAACUCAUUUCAUAUUCCGGCUGCAUCCUACACUGUCUUCCAAAUGCUAGCUCUGACCAUAUGGAUCCCGAUUUAUGAUCGACUGAUAGUGCCAUGUCUUCGUAAAAUAACAAACAAAAGGCAAGGGAUUUCAAUUCUGCAAAGGAUUGGAGUUGGAAUAGGCAUUGCCAUUUUCAUGAUGCUUGUGGCAGCUGUGAUUGAAACGAAAAGAAGGGAUGUAGCACAAUCAAAGCCAACACUAGGGAUUGAAAGAGGAAAAGGUGUGAUUUCAUCAAUGUCAGGAUAUUGGUUGGUUAUUCAAAUGGUGGUUAGUGGGAUCUCGGAAGGGUUUGCUGUAAUCGGGAUUAUUGAGUUUUUCUACGAGCAGUUUCCGGAAAAUAUGAAGAGUUUUGCAGGUUCUUUCUUCUGUUGUGGAUUUGCGAUGUCAAGUUAUUUGAGCAGUAUCUUGAUAUCAGUUGUUCAAAGAAUGACCCAUGAAGGUGUAUCAAGAAAUUGGUUAGCCCAAGACCUAAAUAAGGCGAAAUUAGAUUACUUUUAUUACUUAUGCAUGGGGUUAGAGGUGUUGAACCUUAUAUACUUUUUGAUGGUGGCAAAAUGGUAUAAAUACAAAGGAAGCGGAGAUGAAACAAUUGAUGUUCCAUCAGAAGACAUGCCAACUACCCAUAAAAAUAUCGUCUAAAGACAUGUCAUAUGUUCUACAUGCAUGUCACUAACAACUUAGCCCUCCUUGAAUAUA